AAAGAUAAAUUGUGCUCACCACCUCAGACUUUGCAAGUGUCACCUCUCUCAGCACCUUCCUCACAUAUUUGUAGUAUAUAUAUGCCGUGUGUAAGUCAUUAUUGAAUCAAGCGACAGAGCAAUUAUAGUCAUUGUAUUAUUUGAGAGAUAUUCUUGAAGAUGGACGCUGUUAGGAGGUGCAGUGGAGCCAAAUAUGACUGCUUGCUCUUCGAUAUGGAUGAUACUCUGUAUCCCAUGAGCUCCGGUAUCAACUUGGCUUGUCGCAAGAAUAUAAUGCAGUACAUGUUGCAACAUUUGCACAUGGAUGAAAGUGAAGUACCAAGGAUGUGCUUGGAAUUGUAUAAGGAAUAUGGGACAACAAUGGCCGGUCUAAAGGCUCUUGGUUAUGAAUUCGAUGACGACGAGUUUCAUGCUUAUGUCCAUGGAAGACUACCCUACGAUGCCCUCAAGCCAGAUCCAGUUUUAAGGAAUCUUCUACUUUCCAUGCCACAGCGUAAAAUAAUCUUCACUAAUGCAGACAAAGCACAUGUAUCUCAAGUUCUAAGCAGGUUGGGUUUGGAAGAUUGUUUUGAAGGCAUCAUUUGCUUUGAAACACUUAACCCUCCCCAAGAACCAGUUGGGUGCAUUGAUGUGCCAGUUGAUAAUUCAGUCCUCUCAGGAGAUGCCCCAGAGCCAGAAUCCUAUAGUAUAGGUUUAACUGAGGGUGGAAGUUUCAACUCCAAGUCACGAAUCCUCUGCAAACCCUCUGUGGAAGCUAUUGAAGCUGCUAUUCAGAUAGCAAACAUUGACCCAAAGAAAACAAUCUUCUUUGAUGACAGUGUUCGAAACAUUGCAAGUGGAAAAGCAGCCGGACUUCAUACUGUUAUAGUGGGGAGCUCAAUAUUGGUUCCUGGUGCUGACCAUGCCUUGAGUAGCAUCCACAAUAUAAAGGAAGCACUACCUGAAAUAUGGGAAGGUGAAGGAGAGCAGAUCGGGCAAGUUAUUCAGUCCAGUGCAGUUGCAACCGUUGCCCUGGCAUAAUUUCCCCCCGGCAACACAUUUAUGUUUAAUUCUCGUGCCAUGUAAAAUAAAAACACUGAUAAAUUCCUAUGUCAAGUUUAGCUUAUUAUACAACAUCUAUGAAACAAUGAAUACAAAAAUCUUAUUCUCCUA